AUCUUCAAAACGUAUUUCUUCCACGUGCUGUAUUAUUUUGUAAUUAUAUACUUACAUACAUAUAUAUGAGUUACACAAUAAUAUCAUGUAUUAUUAUGAGUCAUGUCAUGUCAUACUUAGCGGGGAAACAAAACAUUCAAUGAUCAAUUUCAUCAUUUAAACAUUGAAAGUCAAACUGUCACGGAAAUAGACAACAAAGCGGAACCAUCGAAGAUUACAUAUUAGAGACAUUCAAACUAAACAAAGAAUUACAAGUCACUUAGAUUUAUUUUUUAGAAAAAGAAAGCGGUACAUCAUACUACUGAAUUCAUAUAUAUAAGUAAUAUCAAUUGCAAUUAUUUUCACUCUAUACACCGGAAUAUGUAUAUAUCUAUACAGUGACGCUGAAUAGUAGUAGGUUAUCUUUCGAUUCAUGACAGUUGUUCCUAUCUCUCUCUCUCACACAUACACUCUGUCUGUCUCUUAUAGUAAUCAAACAGGAAGAGAGCAACGACAGAAGGAGAAUGUAAUGUGUUCUCAGUAGAUAGAAAGACAAAGUAGAACUUAAACAUCAAACGUUUUCCGUUUUCUGUAUUUACUCGCCGUCUCUCUCUCUCACACACACACACACUGUCUCUCUCCGUCUCACCCUCAAUACAUCUCAACACAGAGCAUGUUGAUUUUAGUCAAUACUCUCCUCUACCGAUAUACAUAUAACGACGAUAACUUCAAUAAAAUAAUUCGUAUGACAAAAAUGUCAUUGUCAGACAAUUAGUCUGUUGAUUGGUUAACCUGUACAUAUAUAUAUAUAUAUCUGUGUGAUUCCCUCCAUUUUUGUUCUCAAGGCACUGAAGAAACAUUUCCAGUGGUAAACGAGGUAAUAAUAUUUGAGUAUGGAUAUUCUACACAACCAACAAUCAUACCUCUCAUCCACACACACACAUACACACACAAAAGAAAUAAUAUGUUGCUGAGGAAUUAUACAUUAUACUACUACUACUACUACUACAAAACUUUGUAGAAUUUUAUCAAUACUUCUUUGUCGAAAGAAAGCUCCCUAGAGAUUAAAAAAAUUAGCCGUAUUCAAAUUUAAACUAUUGCAUACUACUAAUAUUACCAUUAUUAUUAGUAGUAAGAUUAGUAACAAUUCAAAUUUCCUUUGAACAUUUAAAUAUAUAUAUAUUUAAAAAUAAGUGGAAAGCAUCUCUCGCAGAAAAUAUCAACCGACAAAGUACCAAUUACAUAUCAAGUAGAAAGCUAUUUCUGAAGUCCCCCUCUCAUUUCUGUGUUUGUUUUUUUGCCUGCUGAUUUUUUGUUCUCUCUCUGUGUCAAAUGGAAACGUAUAUUUGUCCAAGCGAUAGACAAUUAGCAUUACGCGCCAGACUUGGAACUGGAUGGUCAUCUAGAGCACAGUCGGUACAACGUCGUCGAGGUCAACCAUUGAGUACAGAUGAAGAAGAACAAAUUCUACGCGUUCUGAAACGUAAUGAAGUACUUGCUGAGAAUGAAAAAGCUAGAGUUGAAGCAAUGUUACAAAGACUUGAACGUUUAAAACAAACAACUGGAGGUAAACCAAAUGAAGAAUGUGCACUAUGCAGAAAAGAAUUUGGACAUUUAAGUAAUUUACCAAUAGUUUGUAUGGAAUGCGGUCGAUGUGUAUGUACAGCAUGCUGUGUAGAAGUGACUAUUUCAUCUCUUUGUCGACAACCUGUAACAAAACGUAAUUCCCUACUCAACUUUCAAUGGAUAUCAAAUAUGCAUGGUAGUGGUAGUCUAGCUGGGACACCUCAACAUCAAACGUAUUAUCCAAUGAAUAAAAGUCAGGCGAAUGGAGGUACAACAUCCAGCAGUCUAACGAAUACAACAAAGAUGAUAACAACAGCAACAGCAACGUCGGAUACAAAUAAACAUAGAUUUUUGAAUCGUCGUAGUAGCCUUAUUGGUACAUUGAAUUCUGCUGCGUUACACAGUCAACAAUUUCUAGAAAAAGUUAGAGUUAAAACAAAUUCACGUCAAGGUGAUAGUCAUUCAUUCGUUUGUAAAAUAUGCUAUGAAGCCAGAGAAAUUUGGAAACGGUCUGGAGCAUGGUUUUAUAAAAGUCUACCACGUCGUCAAAUGAUCAGUUGUCCAUCAAGUCCUUCUUCAACGCCGAUUUAUAAUGAUUGUCAAACGCUGAAUGAUCUGACAGAUCUUGUUAAACCGAUUAAAACAAAUUUUGAUUAUGCAAGUAAUUCUGAUCAUACUGAUAAUGAUUCAGAACAAUGGAUACAAUUGAAACCUAACAGAAGACCUUCAAAACCUGAAGGUUCUGAGUCUAUCAGCCCUCCUAUCUCUAGUACAAAUAAAGAGUCAUCUUCAAAUGAAGCUAUUUCCACCACAAAAGUACGCAGUGUAGCUAAAGAAUUUCCGAAAUCCCCAGAACAUUCUACUCAGAAUAUCACCGAACCCUCCAAACCUACUUCUCCAUCCUACACAAGUGUGCCUGGAAUGGUGAGCAAUUCAGAUAACGCCUAUAGACAAUCACCAUGUCCACUACCCGACUCUCCUAAUCUUAAUUCCUCAUGGAAGCCUCAAUCUGUUCCACCGAUUUCAACUCUAUCGUUUCAUCCAGCGUUUACGCCUAAUAAAACUGCUGGUCAUUCAACAGCUUCUGCUUUAGCCUCUUCAUUUACUAAUACAAAUUCCACACAGAAGGUUGCAAGUUUAACAGGUGAAAAAGAGCCUGCUAAUCUCCUUUCAACUGCAUCAAAUGCUGCAUCUUCAAUGCGACGUCCAACUGUAUCUCCAAGUGAAGAAGCUCCAUUUGGUAUCCUCUACUUCACACUAUAUCAUGAUACAGCAAAUAAACAGCUUCAUGUUGCAAUACACAAGGCUAAGAAUUUAAUUGCAAUGGAUGCUAACGGUCUAUCAGAUCCUUAUGUUGUUUGUCAGCUUCUGCCUACUAGUCAUAAUAGUCCUGCACCACGUACUUCUACAAGACCACAAUGUUUAAAUCCUGUCUGGAAUGAAGCAUUGACCUUCGAACCAUUUGAUGGGAAAAAUAUUAAUACAAAAACAUUGAGAUUAGCUGUCUUAGAUGAAGAUUUAUACGGUUCCGACUGGCUUGGAGAAUAUCGUUUACAAUUAUCCCAAUUAAUCCCUAAUCGUUUGACGGACUUUGCUGUCCCAUUAGGUCCACGUAAACCGGUACAGCGUGGUGAAUAUGAUCUUGCCUGUCCAACACGUGGAAAAAUUCAACUUGGUCUUGGUUACUUAGAAGACCGCAAACAAUUAUACGUUGAAGUAAUUCGGUGCGCUGAUCUUGCUCCCAUGGAUCCCAAUGGUUUCUCUGAUCCUUUCGUAAAACUGUAAGUCUUCUUGUUUAUUUUCUAACUGCUUUGUAGGCAAAAUAAAGUGUCGUUCAACAUUUUGGUGGUUGAGAAUCGCGAUUUAGAUUCAAGUCAUUCGAUAAUUCGAAGCAGUGGAUCCUAGGUUAUUCACCAGUCACUUUAUGAUCAGGUUUAAGGGUUCGCUCCUAGUAUAGAGAAAUCUCAGUGACGUAAAUGAUAUCAGGACCUGUUUAACACCUUUGUUUCGUAGCUCAUUUAUCAGAAGAAUGAGGUUCUUACUUCCUCAUCUAGUCAUAACGCUUUCUCCUGAAAGUGAUUUGAACUAAUAAGAAUGCCUAGUAAUGCAAUAGUUUAACCAAGAAAUUCAGAAAAUGAUAUCGGGUGUUUAUUUUGUUUUUACCGACUUAAUUAUUCGUAGUAGGAAUUAGAGCAUUAAUAUCACAGAACGUUUGACUUAUUUGUAUCGAAUUACCAUACAUAAGCAUAUUUCAAGUUAAUUGGUGGAUGGUGACUAGCAGUGGAAUCCAGGACAAGGCGCA